ACCGAACUUCCCAGCAACAUCUGAAACGAAGACGAAAACGACAACAACAAAAUGCUCGGAGGUCCUUCUAGCCAACCAUCUCAAACUGAACUCGAGGCCUAUUCCGCCCUGACCCGCCUUGAGGUGUACAAGGGGUUCGGACUCGCGGCUCUCUUGUGGUGUGCACCAUUCGCCGUCCAGGCCGCUCAGAGCACGCUCGCCAACCUCAUCUAAUUCUGCAUUAUUACAAGCAUGGAGUUCGGGACAUUCAUAUCAUAGAGUCUUGCAUUAGU